AUGUACCGCCACGCAAAUACCAACAUAAAUCCGCCGCAAGCAUCAGAUUUUGAUAACAAGUCCACAAAAUCGUCCGAAACCCGACGAAGACAGAUCCCCCUGGCUUUCACAAACACAGAGUGGGGCAAAGAGUAUGCCGCAAAUCCGAACUGGGAGCAUGAGAAUCUGGGAAAGUGCAAUCAGACAGUCCGCAAAGGGUCGCGAUUUCGAUCUGGAUCAGAUCCCAAGGUCAACAAAUCGACGUCGGCGUCAAUACCUUCGUACGAGAUGAAGUCCGCAAACCUUUCAAAAGAGUCAUCUCCAACGACCACCAUACCCUCGGCAGGUUCAAUACCCGUAGCAUCUUCCCAGGGAUACUCUGUCAUGGUAGCUUGGAAUUUCUUCCGUCGCACCUUCCCACCAAAUGUCUGUCCUACUUUCCCCGAUACUUCAGCCAAUGGUCAGAGAACAUCUGUUGAUCCACAACAUGAAGAGAACAUUGAGGUGGGUUCGUGGCUGGAAGUGUUGAUGAGAUGGGACGACUUUGAGCAGUGGCAAUUGAAGAUGUUGGAGCGUUCGUGGUGUUCGCCUGCCACAUCUGAAGAACUAUAG